AUGAGUAGCAGUAAUUAGUAGAUAGAUGUUAAAUCUCCUGCUAACUCAAAUAGGGCCAAGGAAAAGGAAAAUUAGGACAACUAAGACAAAUAAAAAGUAUUAAAUAAGAAGCUUGAUAUGAUAUUUUAGCAAGUUAAGAUAUUAUAUGCUCUUUAAUAUACUAAAACUGAUAAGUAUCCUAAUUAGAUUAUCCCAAACUUGUAUUUAGGAUCUGUAGGAGCGGCACUAAGUAAAGAUGUGCUAGUUGAAUUAAAUAUUAAAUAUGUAUUAACAGCAAUGGAAGAAUUUAAGCAUCCCUUUUAAGAUAUCAUAACAGAAUAUAAAAUAAUCAGGAUUAAAGACUCUAAAAAUGAAAAUAUUAUUAAUUAUUUUGAAGAAUCUAAUGAAUUUAUGCAUAAAGCUAUAUCAAGCAAUUAAAAUGUUUUAGUCCAUUGUUUUGCUGGUGUUUCAAGAUCUACUUCACUUGUCUUAGCUUACUUAAUGAAAUACCAAAAUAAAACAUUAGAUGAAGCUUUAAAUAUUACAAAAUAAGCAAGACCAGUAAUUUAGCCAAAUUAAAACUUUCUUGCUUAGCUUAAAAAGUAUGAAGAAUUAUUAAAAAAAGAAAAUACAGAAUAGCAGCCUGAAGACUAAAAGGAAAAAGAUCAAAAUGUUAAUGAAAAUUAGUAGCAAUAACAAAAUGAUUUAGUUGAAUAAUAAGUUGAAGAAAAUAAAUAAGAAACUGAAUAGGAAAAUAAAUAAAAUUGA